GCAAAUGACAGAAUCCUUGAAAUAUGUAAAAUUUCGGGAUCAAUUUUUGAUUAAUGUGACAUAUGGGGAAUAUUUAUCUACAGGUGUAAAAAUAAAUAAAAAAAUGUUGAUAAUAAUGCGAUAACUAAACGGUUUAAAAAUGUACAAUAAAUAAGUAGAAAACAAAUUAUAUUAUAGCAAAGGAUGAAUACGUAUGUAUAUUUAAUAUCGGCAUUAAUAGGGCUUCUAGGCAGUGUUUUUAUUUAUCCAUUGUUCAUAAAAAUAGUGUUUUACGUCCUUUUGAUUGUAUUAAGUUUAGUGUUGGGAGUAAUAUGUGCAUUAUGGAUAAAUCUUGUUUUAUCUUCACCCCACAAAAGUACAGUUGGGGCUGAUAACACUUUAAGACAGCUGGAGUAUUUUAGAAAUAAAUUAAUGAAAGACUAUGAUUCCUAUGUAACAGCAAAAAAUAGUACUCAACUUGUAUCUGUGUUUGGUAGAACAGUUGAUAGUUUAUUACAGCAACUAUUAGAUUUCAUUUUAAGGGAUUACGUUUCAGUAUACAUUAAAGAAUAUGCGUAUGAUGCCGAAAACUUGGAAUACACAAUCAAAGAGGACAUGUGGGGAGCCAUACAAAUCCUUCAUGAAAGAUUUGCCAGAAUUGACGAGGCCAAACUUAUUGCUAUCGAUAUGGUUACAAAGUUAACAGAACAUUUUGAAAACAUAAGGGAGGCAAAAACGCAAAUGAUAGAAAAUGUAAGACCACCGGAGUUUCGACUAUCAAACUAUGUGCUAUCAGAACAAAAAGAGUAUGAAUAUUUAAGGAAUAUGAGUGAGCUUUUUAUUAUGUUUUUACUGCCAAGAAGUUACUCCCUGUCCCCUACAAAGCAUUUUAUUCGUGAAAUAUUAACUUGCAAAGUAUUUAAGCCAUUCAUUGAAAAUAUAACAGACCCAGAUUUUUUUAACCGCAAUGUAAUUAUUUACAUUGAAGCUCAAGAAAAUGAAUCUAGAAUACAUGUUAAAGGCAUUGAAAAUGCACAUACUUUUGGUGAUGUCAUAAAAAUUAUACACAAUACCAACGAAAUAGAAGCUUUGAAAUCAUUAAGAUACAAUAUCGUCACAAAAUUAAUGCAAGCAACCACGUUACAAAAUUUAAACCGCGCCAAAGGCGUAGAUCUGGACAACGAUAAAAACACCCUGUCCUCGGCUGGAGUUCAAAAAUCUGACAUUAACGAAGCCAAAAAACUCAGGAAAUUAAUAAAUCAAAUGACUUACGCAAAAAAAGAAUGCGAAAAAAAAUUAACAAUGCUAGGUUGGGAUUUAGGAUACCAGUUUAACGAUGAAGUCAAAAAAAUUUUACCUUUGGCCACUAUAAUGGAACAUGUUUUGGGGAGGAAAUAUUUAACGCAGUUUUUAGAAACACUAGCCAGUCAAGAUUUAGUAAGAUACUGGAUCUCCGUGGAAGAACUUAGAACAGCCCAACGCAAGAACUGGCAUCAGCUGGGCGCGGAAAUCUUCUACACGUUUAUAAGAAACCCGACCUCGGAAAUCAAAGUGGAUAAAAACACCAGGAAGCGCAUGGAGGCGUUUUUACUGGGCGACAAAGGCCCCGACGUGUUCUACGAGGUGCAAUGCCAGGUAGUGCAAACCUUAGAAGACAAAUAUUACCAACCGUUCUUGAUCAGUGAUUACUACAAAGAAAUGAUCAUAGCAAUUGAGAAAGAGGAUGACGUUUCCAUGUCGGAGCGAAAGACAUCGCUGGAUGAGAAAAAUGUUUCACUGGAAACAGUGGGGGUUGAUAGCGGACUAAACGUGGGGGAUCAUUCGAAUUACGCCAAAAGAAAGUUGUACCAACUGCAGGAAAAGUAUAUGAACAAAUCUCAGGCUCUAUCGGCGCUGAGGAACUCUUUGAGACCCGAGUCGAAAAUAUUGAACAAGCUCGAGAAGGAGGUGGAGUGGUUGCAGGGGGAGCAAAGGCAGCUGGAGGCCCACUUAAAUAGGACCGAAGUUUGGGGGGAGAACUUGGGGAAAUGGAGGGCCAACGUGCAAAGUGCAGAGAUUCCUGAUGAGAAAGAACCCCCUCAAUUCGUGUUGGUGGUGCAGAUGGAGAACGAUACGGGAGAGGGGGAGGAAUGCAUUAGCACGGGGUGGGUGGUGUGUCGCAGCUUGGGUCAGUUUCAGGAGUUGCACAAAAAGUUGCGACCGAUGUGCUCCGACAUGAGAAAUCUCGAGCUUCCCUCCAACACGUUUAAGUUUUUGUUCGGGAAGAUCGACAAGGCGACUUUAGAAAGGGCCAAGCAACAAAUACAGAAAUAUUUAGAUUUCGUUUUGAAAGAUGAGCGGUUGAAUCAAAGUGAAGCAAUUUAUUCUUUUUUGAGUCCCAGUUCAGAGCACUUGAAACAAUCAUCGCCGAACCCCAAAAAAUCGAGAUUCUUCUUUUCCACGUUAUUUAAGAGCACAAGUGAGCAAAGUAAAGACAAUUUUUCGAUUCUCAAAGAAGUCGAUGAAGACGACAUUUCUCAGAGUCUGGAAUCUACCAGUCCAGACACUGUGGAUUUUUGUAGAGGAAAUGGAAAUUCGAACAAAAUUUUCGACGACACCAAAGACACGAUCGCCGAACCUUUAUACGCCCUUCUAAGCGAACUUUUCGACAUGAAAGGGUUCUUUAAGUAUCUCAGAAAAACGCUCAUAGGCUUCGUACAAGUAACUUACGGCAAAAACAUAAACAAACAAAUCCACGAGACUAUUAACUGGUAUUUCAGCGAACAAAUGUUGCACUAUUAUAUAACUUUAAUACUGAAAUCCUAUUGGCCAGGGGGGGCGCUUGUUGGGCCAGAACCAAUAAGAUCCGACGAAGAAAAGUUGAAGGCGGCAAAGCGCGCACAAGAAUUAUUCGUUAAUAACGUACCUGAGCUGUUGACAACUUUGGUUGGUAACAAUGCGGCCAAAAAUGGAGCCAGAAAAGUUUUCGAGGCCCUGCAAGACAAAAAAAUGAACAAACAACUAUUUUAUGAAUUAUUUGAAGUAGCUAUGGAUUCAAUAUUCCCAGAAUUAAAUUGAGGUGUUUUUCACAUCAGUAUUCCAUUAUGUUAACUGUUAAUUUUCUUGUUAUUUUUUUGUUUAAAUUUUAAACCAAAGACUUAUUUAAUAAAUAGACCCAUAUACUUUUUAUAUAAAAUGUAAAUUAUAUACUCC